AUGGCCCGUGCGCCGUACAUCCCGCUCGUGUACCGCCUCUUCUUCCUCUACGUCGAGCCCGUCUCUGCGCUCCUUGGCGCCUACUUCGCCGCGGUUCAGCCAGCCGACUACCUCGCCUAUCUCGCGCCCGCUCCCACGUCCCUCGCCACCGCCUCAACCUCUCCGCCUACGCCCACCCUCGUCUCCCUCCUCCAGCUCGCCAAUCUCUACCUCCUCUUUGCCCUCAACGAGCACCUCGUCCUCUCCAGCACCUCCGACCGCCGCGUCUGGCGCCGCCUCCUCCUCGGGCUGCUCAUCGCCGACUUUGGCCACCUCGCGACGAUGGUCCCGCUCGCGCACGAGAAGGGCUUCCUCGCCGUGUUCGUGGACUUUCCGCGGUGGUCCGCGAUGGAGUGGGGCAGUGUCGGGUUCGUCUACGCCGGCGCAUCCAUGCGCAUGUCUUUCCUCGCUGGUGUCGGGCUGCCCUCCGGAGAUACUGGCCAAGGGCGAGACGCUGCUUCCAAGGCAGAGUGA